AUGGCACAGGUUAUGGCCACCGGCAGAUGGGUGGUGAACAAUAAACAAUGUGUCGUCCCACAGCACGAGUUGGUGGUGGCGGCGGAGGCGGCCGGGAGGACCGUCCACUCCAUGGUGCAGGUGACGGUGGCCGACGUCAACGACAACGCUCCACACUUCCUCCAGAGGGACAUCCAGGUGGCCGUCGUCGAGGAGGACGACCGCCACCUUCCCGCCACCAUCUUCAAGGUAGAAGCUGUGGACCCCGACAAGGUGGACUCUGCCGGGCUGGUGUACAGUGUUGGAGGUGACGGAGUUGACGGUCACUCCCCCACCCGCGCCUUCUUCACUAUCAACCCCCUCACCGGUCACCUCCUGCAGCUGAGGGCGCUGGACCGGGACCCGCCGCUGGGGAGAGAGAGGUGGCAGGUGAAGGUACAGGUGCGGGACGGACAGCGGGUGUCGCCCUCGCUGGCCGCUGCCUCCCGGGCCUCCAGGCGCCCCCCCACGCUCUCACACCCUCAACACCUCCACUCCCACCAACCCCAAGUGCCACCACAGGCCCACGCUCUCACCACACGCAACCUGGGAGUGCCACCACAGGCCCACGCUCUCACCACACGCAACCUGGGAGUGCCACCACAGGCCCACGCUCUCACCACACGCAACCUGGGAGUGCCACCACAGGCCCACGCUCUCACCACACGCAACCUGGGAGUGCCACCACAGGCCCACGCUCUCACCACACGCACCCUGGGAGUGCCACCACAGGCCCAGGCUGUCUGGACACUGGACCUUGAUACAUCACAAGAGGGUCGGCGUGUCACGCCACAGGACCCUGAGGUGCCAUCAGAUGAGCAAUUUUUCUCACCACGCGACCCAGACGUGGCACCAAAGAGCCAAUUUGUCAUGUCUUAUGACCCCAAUAUGCCACCAGAGGCCAGAUCUGUCUCCUCACUAGACCCUGAGGUGCCCCCAGAACGCCUGUCUGACAUAUCACGCGAACUUCAUGUACCACUAGAGGACCAGGUCCCCAUGCCACACAACCCUCAAGGAUCACUCGAGUCUCGCUACAUGGUAAAAGACGAACCUAGUGUGCCAGUGCAGAUUCGGUACUUCACUUCUCAAACUCGAAGAGCGGGGAUCAGAAGAGCACAAGGUGAUGCCGAGCCGCACAAGGACAAAGAAAAUGUAGGAAGCAGGCGAAGACAAAAUAAACGUCAGAGUCCAAAAAUUGAAGAGAAAAAUAAACAAGAUCCAGAAGCCUUGGUGAUACACCUGAGAACUAAACGAGUUGGGAUCAACGAAGCCAUCAAUAACACGCAGGAGAAAUCUGAAGACGAAACCCUAAUUGCAGGGAAAUUCUCACGGGGAAAGAGCGAGUUCGCAGAGAGGAGAACGGGGGAAGGGGGAAACAGAAGAAAGCUUCGGGACAAGGUACACCGUAAUGAUAAAGAGGGAAUUUUGGCGGAUAAACGAACGAGCGAAAUAGCAAAGAGGAGGCUGGAGGCACCAGAAACAUCAUUAGAGACACACUAUGGGGCUAAGGACAGUGAUCUUAGAGCUCAACAAACGCCUGCCACAGGAAGGUGGAGCGAUGGGCAGAACGCCCUGGCUGACAGCGCUCGUAGCGGCGAACACUCCACAGCAAGUUCAAAGGCUCCCGGCCCACCAGUAAGACCCCGGCUCAAGCUAAGGUCCAUCCCACGAAGGAAAUAUCAGCUCAGUGGUGGCGUCCCGCGCAAACGUCUGGCUGUCAGAGGCGUGUUUAAAUUGAAAGCUCCGAGACUCAGAUUAAGGGGAAGAGCUAACGUGGGUAGAGGCCAGUUAUCUCUAGGUAUCAUACCGGAGCCCAUCCCCCAUACUAACAGCACUCCGUCUUUAAAGACAAAGCCUCGGGAAGUCACCAGGAGUCGAUACAAGAGAUCAACAACCCGCGGAGAGACUAGCCGUACAGAAGAACCUGUGCAACACGAGCGUGAUAAUCCCCCGUCUGCAUCAAGGCCCACAAGCACGACCCAUUCAGGAGCCGACUUAUUGAAGGUUUCGGGAAGCCUUUUGGGCAUCGAGGAGGAGGCAGACAUACCGACACCCCUUAUCAAAAAACGUGCGGCACGUACCCAGGCAAUAGAUGAGCGACUCUACGUGAAGAGGUUUGGGGCAAAGGGUGGAGGGUGCGGGGACUAUGGCGUCUUCUCCAUGACUCCGGAGGCGGAGCCAUGGUACCUGCAGGAUAUGAGGCGGGAGCAGGUGCACGUGGCGGAGACGGUGGUGACGGUGGUGGUGAAGGACAUCAACGACAACGCUCCCGUCUUCCCCAACGCCACCAUCUACGGCGAGGUGCAGGAGAACGGCCCCAUCGACCUGUCGGUGGGCGUGGUGUGGGCGUGGGACGCGGACGACGAGCAGGAAGGCACCAACGCCCACCUCACUUAUUCUAUUGAGAAAAACGUCAUAGAGGAACGGUCAGGCCAGGCCAUCUUCGCCAUCAACCCAGAGACCGGCCUCGUCCGCACCGCCAUCUGUUGCCUGGACCGUGAGACUACACCAGAGUACCACAUCCAGGUGGUGGCUGUGGACGGUGGCGGCCUCAAGGGUACGGGGACGGUGGUGGUGCGGCUGGCCGACGUGAACGACAACUCUCCACGACUGACCCAGGACCUGUGGCAGGUGGAGGUGGACGAGACCUGGGGCGACGGACCCCCCAGCAACCACACCCUCCUCCAGGUCACCACCGCCGACCACGACACCUCAAACUACUUCUUCUACCGGGUGGUGGAGGCCAGCGGGUGGGGCUGGCAACACUUCAGCAUGAGGACUGAGGGCACCUCUGGGCACUUGUAUGCUGGGAGGACCCUGGACUAUGAGGACGCUGCCCAGCGGCGAGGCUUCCGCUUCAUGGUGCAGGUCACGGACAGGGGUCGAGGCGGAUGGAGCGACGCACGACACACAGACACAGCGUGGGUGGAGGUGAGGCUCCGAGAUGUCAACGACAACCCACCACAGUUCAGCCGCCCACACGCCCAUGUCACCGUCAGGGAAGACACUGCCCCCGGCACCCUCCUUGCUUCCCUCCCUGCGACAGACCCUGACAUGAUGGAGGAGCAGGUGGUGGAGUACCGUGUGGUGGGGGGUUGGGGGGCAGUGACAGUUGAUGGUGUGGGGGGAGUGAGGUUGUGGCGCGCCCUGGACCGUGAGUCUCCUGGAGGGGAGGUGGGUGUGGCGCGAGUGGUAGCCGUGGAUGAUGGUCGCCCAUCUCUCUCCUCCACCGCCACCCUCACCAUCACCCUCACCGACGUCAACGACUGUCCGCCCCGGCUCCUACCCCCCACCGUCCUCCACGUCACAGAGGGAGCUCCUGCCUCUCUCCUUGGAAUCCUCACAGCUACUGAUGAUGAUGUCUGGGCAUUGGGGCACGGCCCGCCCUUCACCUUCACUCUGGCCCCCUCCAACCCCGCCCACGUCCUCGACAUUCUCAACAUCAACUUCCAGGCAGAUCUGGACAGUGGCCGCGGGGGAGCAGAGGUAUGGACACUGGGGCCAUUAGACAGAGAGGAGCACCGCCAGCUGGUGGCUGAGGUGGUGGUAACAGAUGGUGGUGGACUGGCAGCCACUCACCCAGUUACCGUUAUUGUUGAUGAUGUCAAUGACAACCCUAUGAAACCAGCUGCCAAGACCGUAUACCUUUGGAAGACUCAGGGCGGAGGUGCGGAUGCUGCCCUUGGCAGAGUGUACGUGGAAGACCCGGAUGACUGGGAUCUCCAGGAUAAAACAUUUACCUGGGCAGGACCUCCCCAUCCACUCUUCACCCUCCAACCCAACACUGGAGAUAUAUUUGCUUCCAUUCAGCUGAGGGAGGGAAGGUAUGAACUGCAGUUCCUGGUGUCUGACAGUGUGUGGGGCCAGAUGGAUGUGCCAGCUAAUGUGACUGUGGUUGUGAGGUACUUGUCUCCUGAAUCCCUGGCACACGCAGUCCCUAUCACCUUGAUGCCCACUACACCAGCAGCGCUCACGGCUGGAUGGACACCUCUGCAUGGUGGUGGGGGUCUGGGCACACUGGCGGAGAUUGUGAUGCAAGUGGUGGGCAAAACGGCCAAGGGUGUGGAGAUUGUGAGUGUGUCUGGAGCACCUCCCGCUUACCCCUCUUCUGCACCGACCAUCUCAAAGGGCACUUCUGAUGUGAGUGUUGCUCUUCAGAAUUUCCCUGCUCCAACACCCUUUGCCUGUGUUUGGGUGAGCGUCAGACAAGCUGCAGGGAGAUUUAUAGACCCCCUCAAGCUGCAUGGACUGCUGGCAUUACACUUGCAGCAUUUAGAGAAAGUAAUGAACUUGAAGGUGGCACUAGAAGACACAUACACCAUGGAGGGAAAAAAUGGCAAGACUGCAUCUGGUGGUUUUGGCUUUCCCUCAGAUACCACGUCUCCCCAGAGUCCUUCUUCCAUCGCUUCCCUGGCAUCUGUGGUGCUCCCUCUGCAGGUAGUGGACACGAACUUGACCUCUCUGGUGACCCCUAGGCUGACACGAGCACAUGAUUGCAACACCCACACCCGCUAUGAAGAUGAAACUUGCACUCUCGCUUCUUGCCUCAAUGGUGGUCGCUGUGUCCGGACACAGCAGGGCAGUAGGUGCAUAUGUCCUGGCGGGUCUUGGGGAUCACGGUGUAAGGUCCUCGCUCGCACAUUUUGGGGGUCUGGCUGGGCAUGGGUUCAGCCAUUGCCUCCAUGUCUGCCAACCACACUCUCCUUGCGUCUCCUUACUCGCAGUCCAGAUGCUCUCAUUCUCUACUCGGGUCCCCUAUCCUCUGCCUCCAGCCACCCACACUACCCUCCCACGCCUAUGGUGGCACUGCAGCUGGUAGGCGGACAGCCCCAAGUGGUACUAGAAGGUGCGAGAGGACCUGCAAAACUUGCGGUGAACCUUACACUAAGCACUGGGACCUGGCACACCCUGCACCUACAUCUCAAUGCUCAGGGAGUCAUGCUAAUGGUUGAUCUCUGUGGACAUGGUUGGGGAGCCAAUAAAACUGACGAUACACAUUGUAUUGCAAGGAUUCCGUGGGUUAACUCCCAGGCUACGGAAAGUUGGAGCAGUAGUGUGCCCCUGCAGCUCGGUGGUCUUGCACACCCAUACCCACAGUCAGCAGAGUUUGGCUGGUCAUCUGGUCUAGUGCAACAUGCUUUAAAUGGUUGCAUCUCUCACCUCACUCUUAAUGGACAGCUUGUUGACUUGGGCGAACCAUCAUACAGCACUCAAAGUGCCAAAGGUUGUGGCCAUCAGGAGGAUGCUUGCAGGAAUGGUCCUGUUAGUUGUGGGGUGCGAGGCCAGUGUGUUGGUGGCAUCGAGAGCCCUAAAUGUGAUUGUCAGCCAGGAUGGAUGGGGCAUGACUGUGCCACACCCACAGUUCCAGUCAGUCUCGGGGAGGAUUCAUUUGCAAAGGUGGCACUGUCAUUUACCCCAGACCCUUAUGAUAUAACUCUGCAGUUGCGAAUGAGGACAAGAGGUCAUCCAAAUGGUCUCUUAAUGCAGUUGUCCACCAGCAAGCAAUCUCAUGCCUUGAAGUUAUAUGCCCGUGGUGGUGUCAUGUGUGCCUCCAUUUCUGGGAUAGAGUGGGGCAUGCAGGAAGUAUGCUUAGAGGGUUUCCCACUUGGCGAUGGAUCUUGGCACACUUUAAGAGUGGGUCGUCAUGGACACAAUUUGAUCAUCUCGGUGGACGACAGCGACGAGUGGCGAAAAAACGAGACUCUGGCUUCCUUCUUUACCACCACCAUCCUCGGGGAUAUACGGGCUCUUGUAGCAGCACCUCCUUUACCCAUUACUGUUGACAAGCAGGAUGGUUUGAUCAUGGGAGGUAUUCCAGAGUUUGAGAGCCUUAGUCUGGUGACAGUCCAUGAUGACCUCCAACAUAGUUGCAUUGAUGAUGUACGUAUAGCUGGGAAUCCCAUACCACUACCACCUUCUGUAAAUGGAACAAACUGGGGCCAAGUGACUACUUUGCGAAACCUAAAGCAAGGCUGUUCGUCCCAUGAUUCCUGCAGCAAUACCACAUGUUUGCCUCCUCUGUCCUGUCAUGACAUCUGGAGACAGGCAACAUGCAGCUGUGAGUCAGGUGAGCAGGUGGUGGGGCACAACUGCCAGGAUGUUGACGAGUGCGUGUUCCAGCCGUGUCUCCACGGGGGCACCUGCUACAACCUCACACCUGGCUACCACUGUUUGUGUGCUCCAGCCCACACUGGAGACAACUGUGAAUGGUCCAAGUUGCCACCAGACUCCCAUCCUCUCACAGCACCCAUGGCCAUAGCUGCCCUUACACUCUCUGUGCUUAUUGUUGUGGUGAUUGGUGUCCUCCUUACCAUACGCCUGCAUCGAUCUCGUACAGCACGAGGCCUGGCAAUAUGCAGUGGGGGUGUUGAAGAUGUGACUGAUGUCCUGGGAACGCCAAUGGUAGUACAAGCAGUUUCCAGAAACCCUCAAAAUCAAGCAGUCAAAGAAGAGGAUAUAUUAAUUGGAUCACUCAAGAUAAAGGGGGCAGGUGCAGAGAACAUAGUUACUCCCUUAGGUCUUCCAACCAUUGGAGUUGAUGCCAUGGGCAUAGGCUUAGUGAUCCCAGGGGGUACCAUGAAAGGUUCUAUCCAUGAAUGCAUUAAUCUUAUGAGUAAAUCCAGUCCCGAGAGAUGUUCCAUAGCAACAGUUGGUACUGUGAAAGAUGUGGUUCUGGAAAGAAGAGUGAGCAUCUCAUCAAUAGCUUGCCCAACAUCAGCUUGUCCUACUAUAACUAGAGUGCACCAUGCCAUCACUGAUACUGGUGUGAGCAGUGCGCCGCCUUUAAUACCCCAGGAUGACCUUAGAGCGUAUGCAUAUGAAGGCGAUGGCUCCCCAUCUGGGUCACUCACCUCUACUGUCUUAGGUCUGCGGGCAGACUCAAUAGAGGAUGAAAACCAAAGGCCUCUGAUAUCUGAAUAUGGUGAAGUGUUUGAUCUACUCAAGAAUCUCCCAGAUGGUGCAUGCACACUAAUACCUAGUCCAGACCCAUCCAAUACCUGCACAAGUGCCGAUUCUAAUCCCAAGUGGGGAUUAGAAAGUGGGGUAAUUAUCACGUGAUAGAGACCCAGGGUCAUAAUUGCUUGCACGUGUUGUUUGUAGUGAUGGGAUGAUUAAUGAAAAUUGAUACCGAGAUUUUUGUUUAAGCAAUCGGAAUAGAGAGAAAUUUAUGAUAAACCUUGCAAAUGUACUUAAUUAUUUUUAAGAGGAUUAAUUUUGUUUACUAUAUUACCUGUGAUGGGUAAUGGAAAGUUUUCAGUGUUUGCUAUAUUAAGGAUUAGUUAUGCUAUAAUUGAGUUAAGUGUUGCAAUAUUUUUAUGAUGGUGAAGGAAAGCCCCAAUAGUAAAUGUAUUAAAAAACUAAUUUUCAGAUGUAAGCUACAUCCUUUUGGCACAGUAGUUGUGUGCUGUAUACAGUACCUUGAGAAAGGAUGUAGGUUACAUUAGAAAAGUUGGCAUUUAAUACACUUAUAUUGGGGGUCUUUCCUUCAAGCACUAUGCCUUUGUAGCAAGUGUCUCCGUUAGUUUGAUUUCAACUAAGAGUAUGUAUAGCUGCUUUUAUAAUGGAAUGAUUCACUUGUCUUCCAGAAGAAUAAUGUGGAUUUGCCUAAUAUUCCAUAUCUUAAAUCAUUUAUAUUAUUAGUACAUUUACCUUACAAAGCAUUACAGGUUCCAACCUGAAAUAAGAAAAUGUUUAGAAAAUUAAGUAUCCAACGAUAAUUUUGUCAAGAAUUGGAACCUGCAUUAUUAGAAAUUUUAGUAUGUCCCAUCACUUGUUAUUAGAAGUUCAUUUGAAUGCGCGUACAAUCAUGAACGUCCGAUGGAUCAAUUUUAAACUGGUGUCUGCAAGGCUGACAUUGCGUGUUUUUUAAUUUAGUAAUUAAACAAGAUCAAAGUAUGUUGAAUGGAACAAUAAGCAAGGGAUUUGAUGCACUUUUCCAUCAAAAUGCUGAUUAGUAUAUAUCAUAAUGGAUAAUACAUGUAUGUUUUCAGUCAUUUCCUUCAAUAUAUUUAAAUUAGCAGACAUUUUGGAGUGUCAAAGAUAUUUACAGAUCUUUAUAUUUUAUUUUGUAUAGAUUAUAUUGUUUUCAUCGUAUUCUCAUGUUAACACGAGUUUGAGACUCCAAAUUGUCUGGCUGUUAAAAUAUAUUGUAUAUUUGUUCACUAAUCAUAUAAAUUAUAGGUUUACCAGCUUUGGGGAUCCAUAGUCUCAGAAAAGCAGAGAAUAAAUGUUUUCUCUGGUACAUGAUUAUAAAUUGUUUGUGAAUAUAACUGCAUAAUCUGUCUUGCUUUGGGGUUUCUAGUUCAUAUUUGUUGGAGGUUAACUGUAGAUUCUAUUACACAACAUAUAUUUUCAAGCAAGAUUGAGGCACAGCAGAUUUAUGCCACUAUUUUUAUGUCAAGUACAUACAAAUAGGUAAGAGGCAUAGGUCAAUAACCUAUACAUACAAAGAUUAGUCAGGUGUGGUGGGCAUCUUUGUGUUUGGUUCUCGUGGUGGGUAGAGUAAAUAACUGCGAUAUUUGAUUUGUGUAUAAUCUUUCCUCGUGUGUGUUUAUUCAGCUUUUCUCUUGUUAGGUGUAAUGUCAUUUGAUUUUCAGGGGCACCUCACAGGUAAAAUGUCUUAGUCAAAGUUCUUAUAUUAAAGAUUACAUCCAUCCUUACUUCCUGGGGGCAGGUUUAUAUUUAUACAUCAGUUGACUUCAGUCUGUUUUUAUGGAGGUCCUUGGUCUUGUCUGCUGUAUGGUAUGUGUUUAUAAAUUCUGUACUGUGGAUUUGCAAUAUACUUAUAUUGUGUUUCUGUUCAGGGUUGUACCAUCUGUCCUCUUGCAGUGGUGGUUGUACACUAUUACUUAUGUUGUCUUUUCCAAUUCAUGUUGCUCCAGUCAGAAAACAGGAUAAGGGUUCACCAAAUAUUAAUGCUGACAUAUCUUUUGGGGGGGCACUCAGUGUACUACCGUUUAGGAAAACUGAUGACUAGAUUGAUGUUAACCAAUAAUAUCAGGUUAUUGGUUGUACUAUACCUGUCAAGAAUGCACUAUACCAACUCCACUUGACUAAAUGAACCCAAACUAUAUAUAUACAGUAUUAUAGUUUAAUUUAGUACAAUGUGGUUAGUUUAAUUUGUUAUUUUAGUUAUUUAAAUUAAACAUGUACAAUGUUUAAUUUUAGUACAAUUUAGUAGUUUCAUUUAACUAUAUACUUGGUAAGGUCUGUGUGUGUGAU